ACUAUCUGUAGUUGAACUUUGACCUACAACCUUUCUUAACCCCAUCUUACGAUGUAGCGUACGCGAAAGCAAUGUGACAAUCUGUCCAGUAGGUUGUACUUGUUUAUGCGCUGAACAACUCCAAACCACCAGUUGGCACGCACUCAGACCACUGUUGUGCCAGGCUCGUUGUGCCGCGGCAGCUGGGCGGGGCUUGCGCCUGACGGAACAGGUGGGUCAACAACAAGUCACGCGGCCCGAAUAGUUCUACUUCCGCGUAGAGCCACAGACCGGGUUACCAGCACACCUACUGUCCCGAGUUUACAAUGGCUGGUUCUCACACGCACCCGCUCACCCUGCCCUUCGCCACCACGUUCGACACCGUGCAGAUGCGACCUGAGCUGACCUGGCUGAACGAGCCGCAAGACUUCAUGCUCCGGGCAGACGGGACCAACGGCAUCCUCGUCACACCGAAAGAAAAGAGUGACUUCUGGAGGAAAACCUACUACACCCCGGAGCUUAUCAACGAUAAUGGCCACCUGCUGUAUGCCCCCGUCACAGAUACCAACUGUGUCAUGGAGACCUUGUUCGAGGUGUCUGCUGCCAACCAAUUUGACCAAGCAGGUCUGAUGGUGCGGUACGAUCAUGAACACUGGCUGAAAACGGGUUUGGAGUAUGUGGAUGGCCAUUUCCGGCUGAGCUGUGUGGUCACCAAUGUCUACAGUGAUUGGUCCACCCAGGACUGGCCAUCAGGGAGACUGUCAAUCAGAGUAUAUCGUCAAGGCAACGAUUAUGUGGUGGAAAACAAGGCCCAUGAUGAGGACAGGUGGGACUUUAUCCGGAUCCUCCACCUUGAGCCCCCCGUGCCGACCUCUGACCCGCAGGUGGCCAUGAUGGGACCCAUGGUCUGCGCCCCCACGGCCAGCGGCGGCACCGCGCUCUUCCACAAAUUCAAUGUGCGACAUUCCGACGGCUACCUACAGUACCAUCACAACUAAAAUUUUGUACACAGCUUUGUGUAUAUUAGGGGCAGUUCCCAUCUCUAUUUCUGUAGCCCUUGGGCCACACAGGCCACUAUAGUAGAGGACUAGUCCACUUCUGCUAGAGGUGUGUUCACCCCUACCAUAUUUUCUUCUAUGUGCUGGGUGCUAAGCAGAGAAGCAAUGCGUUCAAUAGAAUACUGUCAGGUAAUAACAAGGGAACCAUACGUAUACUCUUUCCCUCAUUGAGCAAAUCAAUUAAUAAUAAUAUUAUAAUAAACAAAUGGAAUUGUUUAAUAAUAGAUAGUACCUAUGUAUGUGUACCUAUUUCAUUCAAGACACCUUUUGAUUGUAAAUAGUAAUAAAAAGAAAUUGUUACUACA